GAGAGGCGAGAAAUUACUUCCGGGGCGGUACGGGGACGUAGUAAAGGAAGUGACGUAACCUGCGCUGAAGGCCUAAUGGAGCAGCAGCAGCAGCAGCAGCAGCAGCAACAACUGAGGAACUUGCGAGACUUCCUGUUGGUUUACAAUCGGAUGACAGAACUCUGCUUUCAGCGCUGUGUGCCCAGCCUGCACCAUCGAGCUCUGGACGCUGAGGAGGAGGCUUGCCUGCAUAGCUGCGCUGGGAAACUGAUCCAUUCCAACCACCGCCUCAUGGCUGCUUACGUGCAGCUCAUGCCUGCUCUGGUACAGCGCCGCAUCGCAGACUACGAGGCUUCCUCAGCUGUGCCCGGUGUUACUGCAGAACAGCCCAGAGUCUCGUCAUCAGGCAGCUAGCCAUCCCCAACCCCAGGAGAGAAGGUGCUGCAUGGAUCCUCAGACUGAAGGACUCAAUAGGCCUUCGGCUUAAUAAUGAAGCUUGUACAGAGAGAUUGAGGGGUUACCUGAAAGCUGGAUACUGUUUUUUGUUGUUGUUUUGUUGUUGUUGUUCUUUUUGUUUUGUUUUGUUUUGUUUUUUGAAGGCAAUAAACCCAUUCUUUAUUCUGUUUGGUUUAUAUUCUG